GCGUGGGCGAAGGCCGCGCGGUCGGUGGAGGUCGCCGACACCUGCGGCAACAUCCGCUGCCUCCUGGCGCCAGACCUGCUGCCCUCCAGCGCGCUGCCUCGAAAGUUCGACGCGGACUGGGUGCUGCCACAGUCUGAGGGGCAGCAGGCUGCGAAGGCGGCCGCGAGCCUGCUGGUGUGCCGCCGGCUGCGCCUGCAGAUGCUGCGGCCCCCUCCCCCGGCGCCCACCACCCCGGCGUCUGGCAGCGGCGCCCGGCCCGCUGCACCCAGCGGCGACGCGGCCGAGGAGCGGAGCCCGAUGCACGUGGCCGAGGAGGCGCUGGACGGCUACAGGGAGGGUCAGACCUUCGAGCUGGACAGGCUGGACAGGAUCGUCUGCGGCGUCGUGA